AUGCCUUCGAUGCUACUAUUACUUUCACGAGUGAUUUGUCUAGGAAAAUCCUCGCCUCCCUCUUGCAAGCUCUUACUAUCGCCAAAUAUUCAUAAUAACAUUAUUAACAUCUCUGGUUCCGAGAAAAAGGUUUCUUGUGUAGUAAAAAUUUCACAAUACUUUAAUUAUUCCUCGUAUCGAGAAAAUUUUGCCACCAGAUCAUCAUACAAUAAUCAUAUUUAUAAUAAAGAUGAAGAUCUAGAACGCAUUCGAAGAGCACCUUAUAACAAUCCAUCAAAAAACGAAAAAUUUUACAGUGAGUAUAACAAAAAUGCACCCAGUUUUGAGAACAAUAGAUUUGAUCGUGUGUCAUCGUCGUCUAGGUUGAGCAGGAGUGGACAAUAUUCUUCACGAUCAGAUCAAAAUAGUUCUCAAAGAAGCUUAUACGAGGAAGAAGAUAAUAAAAAACCACGAACACUAUUAUCAUCACUAUCACCAAAUGCAGCCCAACACAAAUAUCCAGACAAACCAUUCAAUGACCCAUAUUACAAAGAUGAUAUUGAUGGACCAGAACCAUUUAUGCGGGCUGGAUCUCGUGGAAUUGUAAAAAAAAGAAAAACUUUUUCUGGUAGUAAUAAUGGUAGUGAUAAUGAUUUCGAUAAAUAUGAUGAUGACGACGAUGACGAUUAUGGUGACAUAGAUGGCGACGAUGAAUUCGAGGAUGCAGACGAUGAUGAAACCUUGCCACUCAGUGAAAAUGAGGAAGAGGAGGGACGCGAGAAGCCGAAACACAAGCUUCCCGCGUAUAAACUCAUUCAUUAUAAUAGCAAUCCGGCUCGUAUACCGCGACAUGAAAUAACACCCCAACUGAUAAAGAGGAAUCAAUUUGCAGAGAAAGCAAUGAGUGGGAUGCGAUUUCUUUAUGAUAAUCUUCCUGAAGUAUACACCGUCGAUACGUUGUCACGUAAAUAUAAAUUGCAUCCGUGCUUGGUUCGACGAGUUCUCGACGAAAAGAUUCAUCCGCAGGAAAUUAUUGAUGUCUGGGCAAAGAUAAGAUAUGUUUACGACGGUGCGUUACUGAAAAAAAAAAUUUGGCGUCAAUAUUUUGGGAAUCUUCCACAAUCGAUAGCCGAAAAUUAUCCUCCUGAAAAGGAGGAAAACGUUCAUGGAGAAGAGUCCAAUGCGGAUGGGGAAAAAUCAAAAAAGAAUUCAGGUGUAUCCAGCUCAAAAAAUUCUCCGGGGAGAAAAGAGAUGAAUGCAAAGGGGAGAGCAAAGACAAUAACACCAAAAGCAGAAAUUAUAAAGCAUCCCAGAGAUUUAUAUCAAAGUAGACUAAAGAAACUACGUGAAAAACUGAAAAAAGAGGGUCAUCUAAAUACCAAUAUCCAAUUAAACAAACGCCAACUACUAUUACGAUCAGUAUACAGCCGUGAUGUUCCACCACCAGAUCCUAUCAAAUCACCAGAGGAAGAAGAAGCAGAACAAAAGGCAGUAGAGAAAAGUCCUCCGCCUAGAAGCUAUAUACCAGAUUGGCGAAGUCGUGCCGAAGUCCCGGGAUGGAAGCAGAACAAGUUGGCUAAUUUAGAGAAACGGAAUUUUAAUCCGUGGGCACCAACAAGGAAAGUUUCUCGUGAGAUGAUGGAAAAGAUUCGGUGGUUGCAUAAAGAGUUACCAAAUGAUUUCACUGUACCGAAACUCGCUGAAGACCAUCAAAUUCCGCAGGAAGCAGUCCUUCGUAUAUUAAAAUCUAAAUUCGUACCGACACCUGAGGUGAUGGAACGAUAUAAACGAAGGAAACUGGAAAAAGCAGCAGCAGCACAAAAGAAGGCUAGAGAUCAGAGAAGGAUUCAGAGGAUGCAGAGAAUUACGGGAAACUCAUGA